AUGAGAACAGAUGAACGAGAACAAAAACUUCCACCUGGCGUUGUUAAUUUUGUUUUUGGUGUUGGUCCACGAGCUGGUCAAGCUCUUAUAACUCAUCCUGAUGUUAAUGUUAUUUCAUUUACUGGUAGUACAGUUAUAGGUUAUCAUAUUAAAAAAGCAACAUCUCAUUUACCUGUUAAACUAUCACUUGAGAUGGGAGGAAAAAAUGCAGGAAUUAUUUUUGAUGAUGUCGAUCUUUCAAAAUGUCUUCCUGUUUUACUCAGAUCAUGUUUUCAAAAUUCUGGUCAAAUUUGUUUAUGUACAAGUCGUUUAUAUGUUCAACGAGGAAUAUAUGAUGAAUUGGUUACAAAAUUUAGUGCUGAAAUCGAGAAAUUAAAAGUUGGCGAUCCAUUUGAUGACAAUACUAAAAUGGGUCCUGUUGUUAGUAAAGAACAUAAAAAUAAAAUAGAAAAAUAUAUUGAAUUAGCCCGACAAAAUGGAAAUAAAGUCAUAUCUGCUGGUGAAUUGGAUGAAAACAUUAAAAAAACAAAUAAAGGUUAUUUUAUAAUGCCAACAGUAAUUUUAAAUGUCGAUGAUAAUUCGAAAUUGAUGACAGAAGAAAUUUUUGGACCUGUUGUUUGUAUUGUACCAUUUGAUACAGAAGAAGAAGUUAUGCCACGGGUAAAUAAUAUUCAAUAUGGUCUUUGUGGUUGUAUAUGGACAGAAAAUAUCGGUCGAGCUCAUCGUCUUGCUACUCAAAUGGAAUGUGGUACUGUUUGGAUUAAUUGUUGGAUGUUACGUGAUCUUCGUAUGCCAUUUGGUGGUAUUAAAGAUAGUGGUAUUGGUCGUGAAGGUUACCCUUAUUCUGAAGAUGUAUUUACUGAAAUCAAAACUGUGUGCAUCAACACUACAUAA